UGUCUGGGCAAGGGGCAGUUGGUGAACUUGCUGCCUCCAGAGAACCUUCCCUGGUGUGGAGGCAGCCAGGGACCCAGGAUGCUCCGGACCUGUUACGUGCUCUGUUCCCAAGCUGGUCCCCCCUCCAGGGGCUGGCAGUCCCUGAGCUUUGAUGGCGGGGCCUUCCACCUUAAGGGCACAGGAGAGCUGACACGGGCCUUGCUGGUUCUCCGGCUGUGUGCCUGGCCGCCACUCGUCACUCACGGGCUGAUGCUCCAGGCCUGGUCUCGGCGACUCCUGGGCUCCCGGCUCUCAGGCGCGUUUCUCCGAGCAUCCGUCUAUGGGCAGUUUGUGGCUGGUGAGACAGCAGAGGAGGUGAGGGGCUGCGUGCAGCAGCUGCGGACCCUCAGCCUCCGACCACUGCUGGCAGUGCCCACUGAGGAGGAGCCGGACUCUGCUGCCAAGAGCGGUGAGGCGUGGUAUGAGGGGAACCUCGGUGCUAUGCUGCGGUGUGUGGACCUGUCACGGGGCCUCCUGGAGCCCCCCAGCCUGGCUGAGGCCAGCCUCAUGCAGCUGAAGGUGACGGCGCUGACCAGCACUCGGCUCUGUAAGGAGCUAGCCUCGUGGGUCAGAAGGCCAGGAGCCUCCUUGGAGCUGAGCCCCGAGAGGCUGGCUGAAGCUAUGGACUCUGGGCAGAGCCUCCAGGUCUCCUGCCUCAAUGCUGAGCAGAACCAGCACCUCCGGGCCUCCCUCACCCGCUUGCAUCGGGUGGCACAGUAUGCCCGGGCCCAGCACGUGCGCCUCCUGGUGGAUGCGGAGUACACCUCACUGAACCCUGCGCUCUCGCUGCUGGUGGCUGCCCUCGCUGUGCGCUGGAACAGCCCGGGUGAAGGCGGGCCCUGGGUGUGGAACACCUACCAGGCCUGUCUAAAGGACACAUUCGAGCGGCUGGGGAGGGACGCAGAGGCUGCGCACAGGGCCGGCCUGGCCUUCGGAGUGAAGCUGGUACGAGGUGCAUAUCUGGACAAGGAGAGAGCGGUGGCCCAGCUCCAUGGGAUGGAAGACCCCACUCAGCCUGACUAUGAGGCCACCAGUCAGAGCCACACUGGCCUCCUCCAUGCUACCCAGGGGCUUGGCACAUCCUGUUUCCACUGCCUGGGACAUUCCCACUGCAGACAGCGGCAUGGCCCCAUCCCUCACCUCCUUAGAUCUUUACUUCUUGGAACCUUCUCUGGGGGCCACAGGGACUCAGCCAGGCCACAGAGCAGGUGGCCUAGCCACGCUUGGAAUCUAGGCUCAUGUCCAAGAUCUGCAGGGGCUCCAGGGCACGUCUGUGUACCAUCAGCUUAACUGGCACCAAGCCAGGCACAGUGGUGUGCACCUGUCAUCCCAACUACUUGGGAAGCUGAGGCAGGAAGAUUGCUUGAGUCCAGGGGUUUGAGCCCAAUCUGCACAACAUAGCAAGACCCCAUCUGUAAAAACAUUAAACAUAAAAAAUUAUGGCCAGCCAUGGUGGCUCACGCUUGUAAUCCCGGCACUUUGGGAGGCUGAGGCAGGCAGAUCACCUGAGGUCAGGAGUUUGAGACCAGCCUGACAAACAUGGUGAAACCCUGUCUCUACUAAAAAUACAAAAAUUAGCUGGGUGUGGUGGCUUGCACUGGUAAUCCCAGCUACUUGGGAGGCUGAGGAAGGAGAAUCACUUGAACCCAGGAGGCGAAGGUUGUAGUGAGCCAAGAUUGCGCCACUACACUCCAGCCUGGGCGACAGAGUGAGACUCCAUCUCAAAAUAAUAAUAAUAAUUUGCACUAUUAUUUUAAAUAUUGAAAUAUAAUUCACAUAUCAUAGAAUUCGCAAUUUUAACAUGUACAAUUCAGUGGAGUUUAGUAUAUUCCCAAAAUUGUGCAACCAUCACCACUCUUUGAUUCCAGAAUAUUUUCAUCACCCCAAAAAGUAACCUCAUACCAAUGAGCAGUCAGUUGCCUUCUGUUCCCUCCUCCCCUCAGCCCCUGGAAACCACUAACCUACUUUUUGUCUCUGUGGAUUUGCCUAUUCUAGACAAUCAUA